GUUCUUAACAAAGGGGUCUUGGUCAUAGGAGAAGGAGGAGGCGGUGCAGAGCUGUGAUCCAAUGGAGACCAGGAAGAAAAGUUUAUUCUUUGUACCGAACGAUGCCGAAUCGCCAGAGAAGAAGAGCAUUGGCGGUCCUACCCCAAAUUCCAAUAAGCGGGACAGCUGGCACCAUGCGCCCUUCCUUCCCUCCACUUUGCAAAAGGAGAUCAUGCAACGCAACCUGAAAGAUGAGAAAACAGUCCUGCAAAAGGCGAUUAAGGCAUUCUGGGGGAAGAGCAAAAACCUGAGGGCAGAGAUCAACUCUUUCCGUGAAGACAAUAAGGUUAAGGCUUUGUGGGAAGAGAUUUGCACUUUCAAGGAGAAGAACCAGGCGUUCAUGGCGGAGAUCAAGAACUUCUUGGAGGAAAGCCAGGUCUUCAUGGCCGAAAUCAAGGACUUCCACGCCAAGAAGACGGACUUUCAGGACAAGAUGAAACUCUUCCAGGAGAAGAUCGAGGCAUUUCAGGAGAAGAUUAAAGGUACGGAGGAGGAGAUCGCCUCCUUAGAGGAAAGGAACGAAUCGUUCAGGGAGACCGUCAAAGCCUUCCAGGUGAAGAACAAGGAGUUCCAAGAGGAAAACAAGAGCAUGCGAGAGAAGAACAAGUCCCUCCAGGAGAAGCUGGAAAGUGUCCUAGAAAAGAACAAGACUUUCUGGAUGGAGUGCAAGGCCUUUUGGAAGAAAGACAAGACCUUCUGGGAAGAGGACAUGGCCAUAUCCAAAGACAAGAUGGCCCUCUGGGACGAGUACAUUGCCUUAAGAGACAAUGACCAAAACCUCCAGGAAGAAAAAGCAGGGAUGUGGGACAUGGUCGAAGCCCUCUGGGAUGCCAAGUACACCAUUUGGAAAGAGGUCAAUGGCUUCCCAGAAGACCUACCCGACGAGUUCGAGGUCGAAGUACUAGAGAAUGGGGCCGACGGAGAUCACGACGACCCCUUCGACGAAAUGAAAGCGGUGUGAACUGCGACGUUCAUUUCUGGUCGACACAAGCUUGAAAGGCUCCUAUGCGCUGAUCACAAACACAUUACACAGUGUCUCCUUUGACAUCAAGACCUUAAUAAA